CUCUUCAAAACAUAUUUUUAUAAAAGGAAAAAGUUGCGAUCUAUUACUAUAUGUUUCACUUGUCAUCUUUAGUCUCAACAUUGCUUUUAUUGUUUGUUUGCAUGUGACAAAAUAAUAAUUAAAAUUAAUCAAAACCAACUAACAAAAAGCUAGUGAGUUUCUCAAUUAUAUAUAUAUUCAAUUCUCAUCAUCAUUCAUAAGGGUCUUUCAUCUAAGGUUUCACCAAGUUUUGAGGUUACCAAUUCUUCUUUUAUCAAUGGACAUAUAUGAGCCAUUCCAACAAGUUAGCAUGUGGGGUGAUAGCUUUAAAGUUGAAAGUGGUUUGAGUUCAGUUGCUUCUUCACCAAUGUUAAUGGUGAACACUACUAGCAUAGAGAACAAGAGUGAAUAUGUUCCUCAUGAACCAAGAGAGUCUUCUGGAGCUGAUCAAGAGACUACAGAUACUAAGGUGCUAAGACGACUCGCACAGAAUCGCGAGGCUGCUAGGAAAAGUCGAUUGCGCAAAAAGGCUUAUGUUCAACAAUUAGAAACAAGCAGAUUGAAGCUGAUGCAACUGGAGUUGGAGAUUGGAAGAGCAAGAAAGCAGUUGCAGGGUAUGUGCAAUGGAAAUUCAUUAGAUACAAGUUUUAUGGGAUCAUCUGAAACAAUAAAUCCAGGAAUUGUCGCGUUUGAAAUUGAAUAUGGAAAUUGGGUCGAGGAGAGUCAUAGGCGAAACAAUGAGCUCAGAAGUGUAUUUCAAGGGAACGCGCCUGAAGUGCAGCUUGGUCACUGUGUUCAGAAUGUCUUGGAUCAUUACGCGGAUCUUUUUCGAAUGAAAGCAGACGCUGCAAAGGCUGAUGUGCUUUAUUUAAUCUCGGGCGUAUGGAAAGCAUCGGCCGAACGCCUUUUCCUAUGGAUCGGAGGGUCACGCCCGUCACAGCUUCUAAAUCUAAUUGUGCCGCAGCUUGAGCUAUUGACCGAUCCACAAAUCGCUAGCAUAAAAAAGCUUUGUCUGUGUUCUCAGCAAGCUGAAGAUGCUCUUUCGCAAGGACUCGAUAAACUCCAGCAGAGUCUUGUACAAGACAUGUCAGUUGAUCCAUUCAGUGGAGUAAAUCAUGGAAUGCAGAUGGCUUUUGCUAUAGGAAAAUUCGAAGCACUGGAAGGUUUUGUAGCCCAGGCAGAUCACCUUAGGCAGCAAACUCUGAUACACAUGUCGCGAAUCCUGUCUACUCGUCAAGCGGCUAGAGGCUUGAUUGCUCUCGGGGAAUAUUUUCAUCGUCUUCAAACUCUUUGUUCUCUUUGGACUUCUCGUCCUUGUAACUCGAUGAUAUCGCCUAAGAUUAGUCCUUAGAGGAAGUGUUCAACAGCAUGAUCUGCUGCAUGGUUUGUGGAACAUUUAUUCAAGUUUUGGAUGAAUAUAUGAUACGUCUAUAUACACAAAACUUAAUGCUAUGUAGCAAGUGGCAAGAGGAAAAGAAAAACUAUGUGAUUUGAUGGUAUUUAGUUUAGAGUAUGAUUGUACAUAUUAUAUAUUGAAUUGAAAGGGAUUUCAUCUAUGUUUUA